CAGAGGAACAGCAAGGAUGCAGCGAGACAAAACCGGAAGCUCCGGUGGCGGGGAUAAGCCGGACAGAGAGACUGCCAUCAUGUCUAAAUACUAUGAUGGGGUCGAGUUUCCUUUCUGUGAUGAAUUCUCUAAAUAUGAGAAGCUGGCAAAGAUCGGCCAGGGCACCUUCGGGGAGGUGUUCAAAGCCAAACACAGACAGACGGGGAAGAAGGUGGCUCUGAAGAAAGUACUGAUGGAGAACGAGAAGGAAGGGUUCCCGAUCACAGCGCUGCGUGAGAUCAAAAUCUUACAGCUGCUCAAACAUGAGAAUGUUGUGAACCUCAUUGAGAUCUGCAGAACAAAAGCCACCCAGUUUAACCGUUAUAAGGGCAGCAUCUAUCUAGUCUUUGAUUUCUGUGAGCAUGACCUUGCCGGGCUGCUGAGCAACGCUAAUGUUAAAUUCACCCUUGCUGAGAUAAAGAAGGUGAUGCAGAUGCUGCUGAAUGGACUUUACUACAUACACAGAAACAAGAUUCUCCACAGAGACAUGAAGGCAGCCAAUGUUCUGAUCACCAGAGAUGGAGUUCUGAAGCUGGCUGAUUUCGGGUUGGCUAGAGCGUUCAGUUUGGCCAAGAACAGUCAAGGGAACCGAUAUACAAACCGGGUCGUCACACUGUGGUACAGACCGCCUGAACUACUGCUGGGAGAGCGAGACUACGGGCCUCCUAUAGAUCUGUGGGGUGGAGGGUGUAUCAUGGCAGAGAUGUGGACUAGAAGCCCCAUCAUGCAGGGCAACACGGAACAACACCAGCUCACCCUUAUCAGUCAGCUGUGUGGCUCUAUUACACCAGAGGUUUGGCCUGAAGUGGAUAAGAAGUAUGAACUCUAUCAGAAGAUGGAGCUUCCUAAAGGCCAGAAGCGUAAGGUGAAGGACAGACUGAAGGCUUAUGUGAAAGAUCCGUACGCUCUGGACCUCAUAGACAAACUUCUGGUUCUGGAUCCGGCUCAGAGAAUAGACAGUGAUGACGCCCUCAACCACGACUUCUUCUGGUCCGACCCCAUGCCCUCUGACCUCAAAAAUAUGCUGUCCACGCACAACACCUCCAUGUUUGAAUACCUGGCCCCUCCACGCAGAAGAGGUCACAUGCCCCAGCCGCCAGCCAAUCAGAACAGAAACCCUGCCACCACCAGCCAAUCAGAGUUCGACAGGGUGUUUUGAGUAAUUCGUCACUGGCUUGGACAGACUGUGAUUAGUUGAGAAGGAGAGAGAGAGACUUCUGAUUGGGUGAAUAGUUGGAACUAUGAGUUGACUCACCCACUCGCAACAUUUCUAUGUUUUUCUUGAGUUGUCGUUCCUAAACAGUGUUGUGUUGGCUGAUGCGCUUUUCCGCUUCUGUUGCAUUCAGACAAGCUGUCUUGGUUUCAAAAGAAUACCGAUUGAGAAUCAGCCUAGCCCAGUUGUACUGAUAUGAAUUGCUUAAUGAUUACUAACUAAGCUGAUUUAGGAACAACUUUCACACUAUGAGUGUAUUAAUGUGCUCAGUUAAUUGUGGGAGAGGAAAAAAAGAACAGCUGAAAUAGUUUUGACUGAAAGGUGAACAUAGGCUGAUGCUCAUGUGUACUUAGACUUCCGUUUUCAUGCACAAUUAGUCUAUUAUUGGAUUAAAGUAUCCUGAUAAGUUGAUUUUCUUUUAAAAAAUACUUGAAGUGAAAGCUAGGUCACUUCAUGUCUCGGAGUCCCUUCAACAGUUAUUUAAACCCAUGGUCAUCCUUUUCAGAUUUUAUUGUUAAUUUACGUUUUUAAAAAUUAUUUUAUUUUGUAAGAUCAUGUGUUUGUGUUGGGUUGGAUUUAUUGUGUGCAAGUUACUUGUAAGUAUAAUACAUUAAUUAAACCCACUUUUCCCAACCUUGCUGUUCUCCAACU